UAACUUGGCAAAUCAGAUGAUCAUAUGAUCACCUCACGAGAAAUAGGGCGAGUCCUUGUUUAUUCACUUAAAUUUUUUGACGUAUCGUUGAUAAAUUUCUUGUUCUUAAUUUUUGAAAAUAAAAUCAUUUACAAAAAAUGAAAGGGUGUUUAUUUAAUAUUGAUAAUGGUUAUUUGGAGGGUUUAUGUCGUGGUUUUAAGUGUGGAAUUCUACAACAAAGUGAUUAUUUAAACUUGGUACAAUGCGAGACACUUGAAGAUUUGAAACUUCAUUUGGCUGGCACUGAUUAUGGCAGUUUUUUGGCAAACGAACCAUCGCCACUGUCUGUCAGUGUUAUUGACGAUAAAUUAAGGGAGAAACUUGUUGUUGAAUUUCAACAUAUGCGCAAUCAUUCCGUUGAGCCAUUGUCACAAUUUCUCGAUUUUAUCACUUACAGUUAUAUGAUUGACAAUAUUAUUUUGCUUAUUACCGGAACGCUACAUCAGCGACCAAUUUCCGAAUUGAUACCAAAAUGUCAUCCACUUGGUAGUUUUGAGCAAAUGGAAGCAAUUCAUGUUGCAGCAACACCCGCUGAAUUGUACAAUGCUGUUUUGGUCGACACUCCUCUUGCUCCAUUUUUCGUCGAUUGCAUUUCCGAACAAGAUUUGGAUGAAAUGAAUAUUGAAAUCAUCAGAAAUACACUUUACAAGGCUUAUCUUGAGGCUUUCUAUAAAUUCUGUAAAGACAUUGGUGGCACUACUGCGGAAACGAUGUGCGAAAUACUCGCCUUCGAAGCAGAUAGACGAGCAAUAAUCAUAACAAUCAAUUCAUUUGGGACUGAAUUGGGAAAGGACGAUCGUGCCAAACUCUAUCCCCGUUGCGGAAGAUUGAAUCCCGAUGGAUUAGCGGCUCUUGCUCGUGCUGAUGACUACGAACAAGUGAAAGCCGUCGCCGAAUAUUACGCAGAAUAUAGCGCACUUUUUGAAGGCGCUGGCAAUAAUCCUGGGGAUAAAACUCUAGAAGAUAAAUUCUUUGAACGAGAGGUUCGUUUGAAUGUGAACGCUUUCCUUCAACAAUUUCAUUUCGGUGUAUUUUACAGUUACUUGAAGCUAAAAGAGCAAGAAUGUCGCAAUAUUGUCUGGAUAUCUGAAUGCGUUGCACAAAAGCAUCGCGCCAAAAUCGAUAAUUAUAUUCCGAUCUUUUAAAGCAAGAAAAAAAAAGCAAAACAAAUUGAAAAUAAAUAGAUAAAAUGAAAUUUAUUUUAUUCUACGCCUAUUUGUAGGAAAAAAGGCAAAAAAAAAAAAAAAAACUUUGUCAUAAACGACAAAAAUUAAUUUUGAGAGACAAUAAAUCUCAAUUCUUUCAUUAUUUUUUUCCCACAAUUGGCGAUUGAAAUUUUAAUUUUAAAAUAAAACAAAAGAAUAUCAUUUCUUGUGUACAUAGUAUAUAAAAUUUUAAUCGUAUAUUCUUUAAUAUCUCUCUCUCUCUCUCUCUCUCUCGCCCAUUAAAAGUAUUAUUAUUAACAGAGGUAUAAUUGUUGUCUGUAAAAUUGUGUAAUAACGCACUAUAAUAAAAGCAUUCUGCAUUCCAUGUUAACAAAUUA